GAAAAGGGGAAGGAGGCGUUCAUGAGGCCUUUGGUCUUGGGGAAGCAUGUUGACAAUCGGGUCCGCUGCCAAUCAAACUUGGUAGCGGAGCCCAUGGAAGCUCCAGCUAGUGUGACAACAAGCGAACUUGUACGAAAACCGGACACGUGGUUGGACGAUUCAAUGGUGGUAAGCCGGAUUCGUGUGUCGGUGACGGUUGAUGCAAUGGUUCACAACAACGAUCGAAUUCAUGUUGAGCUUGCAAACGGCACGGGCUACAUGUCGAUCCACGAUGACGAGUUGUUGACCAGGGAUGACAUGACUCCACAACAGCGGUCUCACACAAACCGAAUCUUGCAGCAUGGGCCAAUCGCAGCCUUGCAAAUACAAGAAGGGGCCCGCGAACUGGUGCGGGAGCUCACACCCCAACAGUUGCAACACGGAGACUGGGAUCCGGUGACAGGCCAACAGGUCACAGGCCUUUUGCUGUUGGUUCACAUCCUAGCCCGUAGGUUCUGCCCCCGUGCCUUCAGAUCCAUGGGCUUUGCAACGGUUGAGCCAAAUGCCAAUCAGUCCACAGGUUGGGAGAACUGGCAGGGAACUGGUGCUGAAGCAUACCAUUCGUACCACGAUGAAGUGUGUCCCACAUGUGGUUUUGGUUCCUACUUUCAAGAUGAAUGCAGCACUGACACCAGCACCGAUAAUGAGUCCUAUGAUGGAUCCGUUGCCGAAACCUUGAUGCCUCAGAAGUCUAUCAAGACUAUGCCUUUGCUAGGAGAAAGUGGAGACGAUUCUCAGGUAGAUAUCCACGAAGGUACCGAAAAUGGGGAAAAGGCAAGUCCAAGGGAUCAAAAGGCUUCGCAGCUUUCCUUCCGUCCAGUGCAUUUGCAGGUGGAAAAGAUGGAUUCCAGAAGGGACACAAAGGCAGUGGUCAUCGUAAGAACCCCAAAGAUCGCAAUGGUCAGGUCAUGCGUUGCAACAAUUGUGGUUCUGAUGAGCAUUUGUGGAGAAAGUGUCCCAACAGAAGGUGUCCAUUUCUUUGGAACCGAGUUUGAGAAUCUCAGAAGUGUCUCCGAAGCAGCCAGUGCACAGUCGUCCCAUGGUAGGAAGAGAAUUUCAUCAGAGCCAGAUGUUGAACCCGAUGAUCCUGCUGAGACGCCUCGCUCCAGCACAGCACCACCACCUCCAACAUGGAGUCCCGGAAGACCGCCAUCACAAUCCGCAUGUGCAGGAAUUGCUUCCGAUGUGGGUGUAGGUCUAAACCCCAAGCAGUUCACGCAAGCUGAAGUCACACCACUGUUGGAGGGUGCACGUGAGCCAGCUUUUCCACCGCCAAGCAUGAGCCCGCCAAACUUCCAGCAUAGGAAGCAAGACAAAACAAGACCUGCAGAUCCUGAUGAUGUCACGCAUGAUGUCAGCCGUAGACGCAUGUCAGCUGAAGAACAAGAAAUUCGUGCAAGAAACCAGACAGGGUUGAGAAACAUCACGACGGGUCUGGAACAAUCCAAUGCAACAGCUUCCAUGUCACUGCUUGGUUCGAACCAUGGUGCAAUUCGCAUAGUGCAGUCUGACACAGGUUCCAUGGCCCAAGACAGCACCAGCAGAUCCAACCUGCUGGCCCCCUAUGGCUCAGGUAGUGCCGCGGGAUCAAGAUCAUCAAGCACCGCUGGCAAAGGUGGUGGAAUGUUUCCUUGGUGGGAAUCCGAAUCUCAAGCCAAGAACAAUGAUGCAACCACCGGAAUGUCAUACCACCUCCGAACUAGGAGCAAGAAUGGUGCUGUUGGUUUGUUGAUUGACCCUGGUGCUCAUGAUAACUUGGUUGGAAGCAUCACUGCCGAACAGAUGUGUGAACAAACUGGUCUGCCACUUGAGGAACAAACCAUGGACAGAGCACGGCCGGUAGAAGGAGUCGGCAAAGACGCACAAGUAGCUCGCUGGGCCAUACGUCUGUCCAUGUCAGUUCAUGAUGUCAGUGGUAAUGCAUCCAGUGCCACAUACACUGCACCUCAAAUUGAGGGAUCGCUUCUCCCACCAUUGUUGGGCAACAAGACCCUUCGCAAGAUGCAAAGUCUGAUCGAUUGUGGUAGUGGCCGUCUUGUGCUUCCAGGCCCAGGUGGUGUCGAGCUGAUGGUGAACACCAUCCAACUUCCAACUGAGCAGGACAUAAGGCAGUGGGAUCUGAUGUUGAAACUGGUCAGCCCACUGCUGUGGAAUCCCAACACAGAGCCCAGAGUUUCCUCCGGUGAGCCUUGCUGUUCCAAGAUCCGUCUGUUGUCAAGCUUCGCUUUGCCUGAUGCAGGCACUUGCAUUCCAGACGUCGGUCAGUCCAGCAUAGCACAGACACGUGUGUCACAUGAUCCAGAACCCAGACAGGACUUCUGGAUGAGAAGCGGGCAUGAGACAUUGAUCCGAGUUCAUGUUGAGCCUAGGUGCGGACUUUUUGUGCCAACAAGUGCAGACUGCCCAGUGGAUGUUGCAAGCCUUUCAAGCCAGCGAUGUUCCAAGGUGCAGCCCGUUCAGAAGUCCGUAGGUUUUGCUUCCAGCAGUGUGCAGAUUGACGAUGAUUGGAUCAAAUGUCAAAACCAGUCAGUUCCGUUCCUGUGGACCGGAACAACUGUUUUCUGUGUGCAAGUCGUUCCGUCUUCAAACAACAUGAUGUCUGAAACAGCAGCAGCAGCAUACCCCACAGAAGAUGCCAUCAGACAGAAGAAGAAGAAGGCAGAAGGUCACAAGAGCAAACCUCGAAUCAAGCAUGUUGAGCAACACCAGGAUGAUUGCGGUCAAGACCUGAGUAGUCUCAGUUUCGCCACUGCCAAGGUGAAGCUCCGACGCCAUCCAAUGCACAGCAUCGAUGAUCAAGAGAAUGAGAUAGAUGAUGAAACCGUAAGGAUGUCGGUAGCAAAAGCCCAAGUCGAUUCAGGUCGACACUUCCUGGUUGAACAACCUCAAGGCAGCGGUUUGUUUCAGGAGAAAGAAUGGACAGAGCUGUCCGACCUGUGUUACCCGGUGACUUUUGACCAGUGCAUGGUAGGUUUGAAAAUGCAGCAACACCCGUGGUGGCCUGUGAAGAAGCCCGCUGAAUGUCGUGCUUCACAUCCCUCCUUGAUUGCAUUUCUGCAGAGCAGCGAGAUGCAAGUGUGGCCGUUGGAGCCUUGCCGUAGGACAAUGCCUGAAGGCGCCAGUCGCGAGCGCAAGGGUUCAGCACCACGUGAUGUCAGGGUUCCUGCCUAUAAGGAUCCUUCCAGCACACUAAGGCUUUCAGGUAAUGAAGAUGGAAUUCCAGGCAGACCCAAAUCCAGUGAUCAUGAUAGUGAUGAUGGUUACUCACCUACAGAGCCAGCAAUGGAUGAUGAUGAUGCACUUCCAGAGUCUCCCAACGAUGACAUUGAGCAAAGCCUGGAUAGAGAAGUGCUCACUGCCGAACAAGCAGCAACUAGAAGACUCAAUAAGAGCGAGCCUGCGAACGUUCCAGUUCGCAAGAAUCGAGUGUCGGUAGGAGUUCAGUCUGAAGCUGUCAAUCCCAAGAAGGUCUCCUCCAGCAGCAAGAUGAAGUCGUCCGUCAAACAAGGAUACUGCAAGUGUUGGUUGCAGCUGUACGGUCCUCCCACAACCAUAAUCGCAGACCAAGAAGGAGGAUGGGCCACUGAACAAGCAGCAACCUGGUUUGAAAAUCAGCGCUCUCAGAUGUGUCCAUCAAUGCCAUGCAUGAUACAGGCCAGUGCAGAAGCCAAAGCCAGACGUGCAGAUUCCUUUAGGACUCGUAGACCUGGAGAACUGCUUGAGCUGAAGGAAGGUGAUUUGGUUGAAUUCUAUCGCAAGCCCCUAAACAAAGACCUCUCGGGAUGGCGUGGCCCAGCAGAAGUGAUUAAUCUGACCAGCAUCAAAGACGGCAUCAUACAUGUGAAAUGGCAAGGAAGAGUGUUGGCAGUGAGAGUGCAAGAUGCUCGCAGAGCUUUGUUGUUCCACACUUUUCUUACAGGAAUCACAGGACCCAUCAAAGUUUUGAAAGCCGGUGUCGAAUCUCAGAUCGGAGAACCUCUCCGUGCUGGAUGGAUUCGUCAAGGAAGCAUUUGGGCACCAUGUCGAGCCAACGUGGAUUGUGCUGAAGUGCUUGCAGCCGGUUUGUAUGUAGCAGCAUGCUGCAUGCACCUCGAAGGUGAUCGUGCCAUCAGUGUUUCCAGAAUCACUGGUGAUGCCAAUGCUUCGAUGAUUCAGUUUCUCAUGGUCAGUGCCACUGAGGUAGGACAGGCCACCAAUGCAGUGAUUGAGAGGGUCAACAACAUCCUCACUCGUGAUGAAGCACUGCGCACGUUGACGAGUGCAAGGAUGCCAUGUUUCCUUGAUCAGCAGAUGACUGCAACGUUUGCUGGCACGUCCACUCGAUGGAGUCAAAGACUCCUUUUGUCGAUUGCUGUCCAGAUGCAGUGGAGCCUCUGGUCUGCUGACAUUUCAGAGGCAUUUCUUCGCGGUCUUAGCUUUGAGCAGUUGCAUCUUGAGGAAGGUGAAGAAUUGAGAAAGGUAGAGCUAGCACUUCCAACAGGAUUUGGGCUUCGUGAUGCCCCACGCCUUUGGCUCUUGGCCUUGAAGGGAGUCUUGGCGUCGAUUGGGGCAGUUCCGACCAAAAUUGAUGCACAAGUGAAUGAUAGCGAUCGGCAUCUCUUCAUGUCAUUGCUGGGCGGUCUAGCGUGGACCGUACAGACUAGACCUGAUGUGGCGGUCUUUGUCGGCGCAUUGCAAAGGAAAUUGCAGUGUCCAGUGGUGCAAGAUUUGUUGGAUCUGAACCGGGUGUUGUACUAUGUGAAACACAAACCGCUGACCAUGCGGUUCAAGAAACUGCGUAAUCCGUGGAAGUUGAUUGCAAUCUCAGACUCUGGAUUCAAAGGAGAGGGACAAGACUGCUUGGCAAUAAGAAGUGGCUUGAUCUGCUUGGUCAAUCAGGAUUUUCCCGUCCAAGGAGCUAAUGAAGUUCAAAUCGUGGAGUUUGUCAGCAAGAAACAGACUCGUGUGUGUCGUUCCACAUAUGCAGCCGAACUGUACAGUGGUUUGGAUUGGAUGGGUUUGCUUUUCAACGUGUCAAUGACGAUGACAGAACUGCUGUUGGGUGAAAAGACAGCGGACGAACUCUCAUCGCUACAUGAGGAAGGUAAUCUGCCACUCAAAUCUGAAUUGAUCAUUGAUGCAGCUUCUGUUUUUGAGAGCGCCAUCGCACCGGAACCCAGAGCGCCAAACGACCAACCUCUUCUGAUCCAUUUGUUGAAAUUGAGGGAACUAAUGAGUGCACAGCAGUUGUCGAAACUUCACUGGAUCGAUACGAGGAGCAUGCUGGCCGAUGGCCUCAAUAAAGGGUCCAUUGAUAG